CCUGUUGUGAAACCAAGCAGCUGCCUGCCAUUUGCAGUAUACUCCUGCUCUGCUGGCAGCACAGUUUCGUGUGCUGCCACUCGUUUCAGCAAACAUUUUUUGCUGCCAUAAAGUCAUGAAUACCCCUGAUUCACAUGACAGCAGAAUGGAGGUAUCUAAAGGCCUGCACAUGGAUGCUGAUCCUGGAGAGAUGACUGCAGAAGGCAACAGACAAACACACGACACCUUGUUGCAGCCAUCAGCCUAUGAAAACAGGAUUGCAGCGCUGGAGAUCUCAUGUUGUGAAAUGAAUCGAAGGCUGAUGCGGCUAGAAGACCAAGCAGUGAAGAAAACAGUUUGGUCUACCUCUGUUGAAACUCGACUGGAGUCACUGGAGAGCUACCAUAGGCAGCUUACUGCACCUGUUAAUUACAACAUACAGAAGAUUAGCAAUGAUUCUCAUCCUUACCAGCAGGGACACAGGAAUUGUCAGGAAGCAUUUUCUGGAGAAGUCACCCAAAACGACCUGGUGAAAGAGAACGAGAAGCUGAAAAAGGAAGUCACAGAGCUAAAGAAAAGAAACAAAGAGCUCUUGUCUAAAGUGAUGGGCAAGCACAAUCAGUCUGAGAACAUGAAUGAUGAUUCGCGUCUGUCUGCUGUGCUGGGCAUGUAUAACAUGCUCAUGGUACAUGACUGGGAAAAAUUAAGGCAAAACAUGACCAGUUUGACAAAUAAUGAUGGCAGCAGCAUGAUUAAGAAGCUGUUUGAUGCCUGUGAGACACAUAUCCAGGACACAAUAGCUAAAGUAAAUGAAGUUCUUGGCAUUACACUUUUGGAUGAUGUUAUGACUGACAGCAACCAGGGGGUGAUGCAUGAUAUAAGAAAUAUCCUCAGGCAUUCCCACUACAAAAAGCAACUAGAGCUUUACAGCAACAUUGUCAUGCAAGCUGGCAUUGCCCCAAGAACUGAAACUGAAAGGGUGUUCACACUGAAGUGCUGCCGAGUUUAUUGCUUGCUGUUUCUUCAGAACCCACCGGUUAAAGCUCAGUGGAAAAUAGAGGGAAGCCCAAUAAAAGAUUUAGAGCACAUCAGUCGGAAAGAAGCAAAAAUCUGGAGAAACCCAGAAUUACUGUGGCCCAUAAUGAAACGUGGUGAAGAAGUCAUUGCGAAAGGUGUAGUCUGGGAUUAAAAGUAGCAUGACUUCAGUCAAGCUACUCAUUUACAUGGCCACAAGAUGAAACAGCUGCUGCACAAUAUGCUGCUUUUCUUUCUCCUGUGAACUGCCUGCUUUUCAGAGUUAGUAAGUUAGAUGCUCAGGGCUUGGGGCUCCUAGGAUAAAACAUUAUUUGCAAACUUAUUAAAAAUUGAAAAUGCUUGCCUCAGUAGCAUAAACAUA